GUAUCCUACAGAAAUGCGCUGUAAUUAAGCGAGGAACGCCUGAGAAAACGCCCGUGCCUUGUACUUAGGAUAAGGUAGCUCAAGGACAGAAACACGUCGCUCGUGUCAAAAAUUGGCAGCCAGCUCUCCGAGGUCGACUCAAGUGCAUGAUAUCCAACAUCACAACCGUCUCUCUUUGCCCAAUUUGGUUUACUGCGAGCUUCAUGGAAAUAAUUCCACCAUGUUCAACAUCACGCUCAUACUCGCCAGUAUUAUCUCUAAGAUUCUAUCAAUUCCUGGAAGACUGCGCCCUAUACCCAUCAAUAUCUUUUAUCUGUCUCAUCAACAAACGGUAAUGCGCGACAGACAGGACGGCUCAUGCCCUGUAUCCCCUUGCCUCUCGACGACUGAGCGAACCAUCUUCGGCAAUGGAGUAUGUAUGGUCUACGGCUACCCCUCAACUGGCGGGGUCCUCAACAAAGGAGCUUCUCUCCUCGAUAUGCUCUUCCUAUCGUUACCCCGCACUCAUACCUCGCAGCGCUCACCUAGCGCCGAAGAAGAAGAUAGAUUCUGCAACCUCAUGCGACGGACGGGUGCGAAGUGGUGGCCGAGUAGAGAUUAUGAGCUUGAAGUGAAGUUAGGCAUUAGGGAUAUCACUGACAGAGUGGCCGAUCAGUCAGCCGGCUUUUAAGCCAAUCAGUCAGCUGGGAAAAAAACGUCAGCUAGUCAGCUCGAAUAUAUUUAUAAGCUAGUCAGCUAGAAUAUAGCUAGUCCUUAUAUUUUUGACGAUUUUAGAAAGUCUCGGAGCGGGAAAACUAUUUCCGAUUAGCUAGAUUAGGCGGUCUAGUAUAGCAG